UCUCCUCCUCUUCCUUCUCCUUGAUCCUUCUUCCUUCUCGAGGAAGCCUGUUCCUGGCGACUAGGGCGAGGAGAAAAGGAGUUCUACAUCUACCACUUCUGGUCCGUAUAGUUUUCGUUCUCUAUCCUCCAAGGGGAAAUGAGCAGCCUCUCUUUGCACAACUAAAUUUCAUCUAGAUUCUCGUGUUCUCGCAACCAACUUCUCUCGACGUCGUACGGUUAGCCUCCAACGAUCUCCUUGAAUAGCGCUUUGCCAUUCGUAAAUAGCUUUAAGAUUCUACUACGAUGUUAAUUUUGUUAUGUGAGUCGGCCUCGGUGUGUGGAUGGCUGAGUUAUGAUCUGGACAAUUAUUCGGGUUUGUUUUUGUUUUCCGUGAGAAUCUGUAGUCAAGUCGAUUCAUAGCCUAUGUAGGUUUGCAUCCUGUAGACGGACAAAAGCCUCAUUGUAGUUCUUCUCUUCUGCUUAUUUGUUUUGCCCUGGUCCCCUAGGGUUUUGGAUGUUAAAGUCAUUUGUUUGCAUCAUACUGUAUUCUCUUUAUCGAAAAAAAUCAUACUGUAUUCUCGUUGCUGAUGGAAAAUCGUAUUGGGAUGUAACCACGUAUAUUCUUCGUAAAGGAGGUUAUUCUGAUUUUCCAAAUGCGCCAUCUAUUCUCGGAACUCGCAUUAGCAUUUUUUAUCUAAGCACUUUAUUUGAGAUCACUGUUAAUAUCUAUAUAUACACGAAAAAUAGAAUAAAUUUCAUCCCAAAAGUAGAUUUACAGGAAACACAACUGAUAUCUUUUCAUAAGAAAGAAAAAUCAGUGAGUUAAUACGCAUGUCUAGCAAGCAAAUUAUGAUGGGAAAGUAACCCUAGUCCAUAAGUGUUGUGGGUAUACUUCAUGGGUGUACCAUCGAAAGUGCCUAGAUCCGGCAAGCCCGGGUGGCUCACAGACGGUGAUGUGGCAUGUGGCCCAUCGGGCGGCCCAGUUGCUAUUGAUCAUGAAGGAUGAAGUCCAGCCCAGGAUCAGUAAGCCGGAUCCUAACCGACCUUCGGAGGAAGCCGGAUCCGUGGAGGCCCAUCAGGAACCCGGAUCCAGUACGACGUAGAUGGAAGGCGGAUCCUUGACGUACACGGCAAGACAUUGUACUGUAGUUAGGCAACCCGUAAUCCGGCUAGGACUCUCCAUGUAAACCCUAGAUCCGUGCGCCUUUAUACGCCGGAUCCCGGGAGCCCUAGAGGCACAACCACAACUCAUUGUAACAACGCGAAAGCGCCCAAGCAGCAGUAGGCCUGUCAUCGUGCAGGUGUUCCGAAGCUGGGUAAAUCGCGUACCACCGUCCCGUGUGCACUCCGCCCUAUGGCCCCUACUUCUUCUCCCCCUCGUGAGGAUCCCUCCUCCGAGAUACCGUCGAAUAGGCAACGACAAUAAGGUUCCACGCUUUCAGAUUAAUGGUAAAAAAGUAAUAUUGGGCAAUCUUAAGCUUCUCCAUUUGUGGGAUUAACACACAUCAAUGCAAUAGAUUGGUCACUGUAUUUCCUCUCUCUCACAAUCCUCUAAAAACUUGUAAUGGAUCCGGAUGUAUUCCCAGGCUUUUUGAUUAUAAAGUUGUUCAGGCCGGCGACCCGGUCAAAAACAAAUAUUGGUCACUAUUUCUCUUUUCUCUCAAAGCUAACGUGCAGCUUCAGGUAUAUGUAGCAUACGCUUGAAGCAAUCAAGGCCAAAAUGGGUUCAGCUGAGGAUGAAUUCACCCCACUUUCUCAGUUAACCGAUGAAACGGGAAAAUGUAAAGUUCGGGUGCGCAUAUCACGGAUAUGGGAAUCCUUCAAUCCAAAAUAUAACAUUUUUUUGGGUCUCGACAGCCUUCUGAUCGAUGAUCAGGGUGAAACUAUGCAGGCCCGUGUGCUUCCCAAUGAUAUCAAACUUUUUGAAGAGCGGCUAGUUGAGGGGAAGGUCUAUGCCUUAUCGAAUUUUACAGUUGAGGAGACGGACAUGAGCUGUAGCAAUGAGUGGAUUAUGUAUUUUAGAGAGCAGACGGUGGUCAAUGAGAUAGAAGGAGAUAUUGAUUCGAUACCCCUCCACAGUUUUGAGUUCGUUAAUUUCAAGGAUCUCCGUUCCAGGCGCGACAACAAUAGCUUAAUGACAGAUGUUCUGGGCCACAUAGUACAUGUUGGGAAGCUACAGAAGUUCAAGAAAAAAUCCCGCCAUAUACAAACCUGCGAUGCAACAAUUCGAAAUUUGAGCGGAAGGGAACUGAAUGUCACACUGUUUGGAGAUAUCGCUUGCGGUUUUGCUGAGGAUAUACUCGAAAAAGGCCUAGAAGCCUCAGUUGUUGCUGUCUUUGCAGGGAUGCGCGUUGAUUCCUAUAACUCACAUUUAGUUUGCUCUACAGCAUCGUCAAAGUACUAUCUAGAUUUGGAUAUACCAGAGGUGCGAGACUUCUGUGUGAAUUUGCGCAUUCAGCAAGCAAACCCUGUUCCUAAAAAAAGUGAAGCUCAGAAGUUAGCCGAGAGUUGGCGAACUAUCGAACAACUAAAAGGCCUCGAUCGAGAGGAGUAUGACGAUGAUACCAAGUUCUUGUGCAGAGUCUCCCUGAUUGAUAUUGAUUGCACCAGUGGUUGGUGUUAUCCUGGAUGCGAAUUCUGCGAUAAGUCACUGGGCAAAAAAUACAGGUGCAGCCGAUGUGGCCCGGUUAAGAAGCCAAUUCAAAUGUACAAGCUGAAGGCAAAGGUGCGAGAUAAUACCGGCAUAAUGAACUUGAUGAUCUUCUGUGAGGUGGCGGAGAAGCUGGUCGGUGUCUCUGCGGAGAAGCUCGUUGAUGAGAUCAAGGAGGAUGAUGACUGGUACACCCUGCCAAAAACAAUCGCGGAUCUUCUUGGCUCGACCCACACCUUCCAAGUAUUUGACAAGUACGGUAAUGGGAGCUUCUCGGUGUGGUGGAUCAUGGAUCAUGUCAGCGUACCAGUCGCUGUUGCCACCACUGGGCGAUGCACGGUGGAGCCUGUCCUUGAGGACAGUGUUAACAUGGCGAAUCCUACUCCAACCAUGACUCAACGCAGAGUGGAUCAUGUUCGUGUGGGCAGAGUUACCACCGCAGAAGCAAGGCCGAAAUCCACUAGACUCCGGAUGCCGAAUAAGCGUCUGAGAGGUGACGACUGGAUCAACUAACGGAUUGUGCCAUUCUGCGACUGUUUAAGUGUAUCCAGGCUAAUGCAUCCUCUAGGAUUAGGCAAUGGGUCCUUGUGUUUCUCUUUCUUCUACCCUGGAAGGCUGGAACAGCCCUGCUGUGAUUCGAUCUAGUUUAAGUGCUGGGUAACAGACCUUUGAACACAGUUUGCUUUAUCAUUGUUAUAGAAGAACUUCUCUCCAA